AUGAAGACGCAGACGAUGUACGAAAAUUCCUACGACGGAAUUGACAAGCUCCGCGACAGCACGAAGUUAAACACCUGGGCCUUGUACGUUGGAAAAUACAACUUGCAGAAGCCAGGGUACGAAGCGUCCAUGGCUGUGACGUUGACGGCUCACUACGGAGAUGCAGCGGUGGCAAAGUUGAUUCAAGCAGCAAGCAAAGUCCCCCAAACGGAAGCGGUGACGACAGUGUUGCGCAAGAAGCAGCUGAGUGCGUGGCUUGCUGCUGAGAAAUCGCCAAACGAGGUUUUCAGGCGGCUGAAACUUGACAAAGGAAUGGGCAACUUGUUCGCCAACCCGACGAUGCACACGAUGACCGACUACUUGAACGUGUUCAACUUCAAGUGUUCCAGAAAACACAUGAGCUUGAUGAAGACAAUUGCGGAGUCAUAUACGGAUGCUGCAGUGGCAAAGGCGAUCCGAGAAGCAGCGAAAGACCCCGAAACGAAGAGCAAUGCUCUAGUUUUGAUGGGCUUGCAAUUCGACGAGUGGAUUAUAAAAGAAAUCAAGCCUGCUAAAAUGCUCCAGAGAGUUUUUGGUGGCACUCCGACUAUGGAAGAGAAGGCGAUUGCAAAUGUGUACGCUAGUUACUACCCACGCGCGAAAAAGCAUCUGAGCGAAUUGGAUUUAGUCUAG